CACAAUGUCCAAACCUGCAAACACCACUCUCAGAAUGCUCUACGGCACAGCCUGGAAGAAGGAACGGACAACCGCUCUAGUCACUCAAGCUCUCCAAGCGGGCUUCCUUGCCGUCGACACAGCCGCGCAACCCAAACACUAUCAAGAACACCUUGUCGGCAAGGGCGUCCGCACCUUCCUCUCUGGUAGCAAUCUCACUCGUGGCGAAUUAUAUCUUCAGACCAAAUACACAUCCAUCAAUGGCCAAGAUCCGAACAACCUACCAUACGACCCUUCAACCAGUAUAACAGAACAGGUUAAAGCUUCUGUGGCGUCUUCGUUACACAACCUCAGACAUACUGAAGAUGUAGAGGACAGCUAUAUCGAUUGUCUGGUGUUGCACAGUCCAUUGCCGAAUAUCCAGCAGACAAUGGAGGCCUGGGAUGCAAUGGCCUCGUUUGUACCAGCUAAAGUACACUCUUUGGGCAUCUCGAAUACCUCCCUGCCGAUUCUGGAGUAUAUCUGGGAUAACAGCAAUGUCAAGCCAAAAGUGGUGCAAAACAGGUUCUACGCUGCCACUGGUUGGGAUAUCGGGCUCAGAGAGUUCUGCAAAGAAAACAGCAUCGAGUAUCAAAGUUUCUGGACAUUGACGGGCAAUCCCAAGUUUCUUGGUAUACCACUUGUCACUCGUGCAGCCGAGGAAAUAGGUGUGAGUGUGGAAGUUGCGAUUUAUGCUCUCGUUCAAGGACUUGGAAUUACACCCAUCAACGGCACUACCUCACAUAUUGAGACCGACAUUGCUAAGCUGUUGAAGCUUGAGGAGUGGAAAGCCAAGGGACACAACAGCGAGACAUGGGGAAAGACUGUUCGGGCCUUCGAGUUGUUGCUUCAAAAGUGGUCGCUUGCUAGCUAUUAAAACGCAUAACGCUAUUGAGAUCUCAGAGAGGGUCCAUUGAGAGCCCGAACUUUUUGCUCUCUCACUGGACACUCGCCGAAUUUCUCAAAUCUUCGUGCAGUUUCACAGCUAAUAACAACAGCACCGAAGACCUCAUACUUCGAAAAUGUAAAAGAAAACAAACAAACUUCGAUUAAAGCCUCUCAAUAAAUAUGUAUCGUAUGCGUAUAUAUCUUA